UUUUAAACAAUUAUUGGCUCCAAACUCCACAUUUUACUAGAUCUACCCUAAUCAGAUCUUACUCAAAAGUCAAAACCCUUAUUCCCCAUUGGUUAAAACAGAACACAAGAUCAAGGGUCAAUUCCGUAAUUUUACUUCAUUCAUCCUCCUUUUAUUCACGAGAAAUCUUUCUCCUCGUCUCCCUAAAUUCUCUCCUAUACUCUCUCACCAAAUAGAAAACCAAGAAACAGCGAGAAAUGGCUGUUCUUGGAAGGCAAAUGUGCCAUCGAUUAUCAAUUUCGAUUCUGUUCUUCGUUUUGAUUCAAUCAAAUGUUAUCGCGUAUCAAUUCCAAGUUGGAAAUCUUCAAGCUUGGAACAUACCCACUUCCACAGAUCCAAAAGUUUACGCAAAUUGGCCCAAAAAACUCAACUUCAAGAUCGGCGACUCUCUCUUGUUCUUGUACCCACCAAGUGAAGAUUCAGUGAUUCAAGUGACGAAAGAAUCUUACGACACCUGCAAUCUGAAAGAUCCAAUCUUGUAUAUGAACAAUGGCAAUUCGUUAUUCAACAUUACUUCACCGGGUGUGUUUUACUUCACCAGUGGUGUUUCCGGCCACUGUGAAAAAUCGCAGAAGCUUCAAAUUUCGGUGUUUGCCGCCGACGGGUCUUUGCCACUGCCGCCUUCUUCCGCUCCCGGCGGAGCACUUGCCGACUCUGCACCUUCCUAUCCCACCGUUUUUGGCGGAAUACCGUCGGGACCGGGGGCGAAGUCUUCAUCGUCGUCGUCGACGGUGAAAGUAUCGGUUUUGAUUUCUGCGGGGAUUGGAGUUUUGAUGUGGGGUUUAGUUGGUGGCAAGAUGUAGAUGAGAUCAAAAUUUCCCUUUUAUUAUUAUUUUUUUACAACAAUUUAAAGAUUUAUUUGUGAAAUUAUUUGUAUAAUAUUGAAUUUUUUAUGUUAUGGAUUUUUAUCUUUUUCGAUUAUCGAGAACGACAAGCUCCAGCUUUAAUGCUUUUGAAUCAAAUUAUGAAACACCUACAGUAAUUUGUAUGCUGUAGAUCCACUUUACGAUGUGAGCAUAAUAGAAAGAAUUCUGGCAACAAAGAGACA